GAGUUACGAGGGCACCUUGGAUGGUGACAUGAGCGGUCGGGACAUGUACUAUUGGGGUGGAGGAGCGCCUCUGGCCCAGGGAAGAGGAAGCAUGGCCUCAUUGGACAGCACUCUAAGGAAAGGUCCGGGCCCUGGUGGUUGGCGUCAGCCAGAGCUGCCAGAGGUCAUCGCCAUGCUCAACUACAGGCUAGACCCGGUCAAGAGCAACGCAGCUGCAUACCUGCAGCAUCUCACUUAGAAUGAUAAGGUGAAGUCUGAUGUGCGUCGUCUGAAAGGCAUCCCAGCUCUGGUUUCUAUGCUUGACAACCCAAACAAAGAGGUUCACUACGCAGCCUGUGGAGCGCUAAAGAACAUCUCAUAUGGCAAAGAUCCAGACAACAAGAUCGCCAUCAAGAACUGUGAUGGAGUGCCUGCUCUGAUCAGGCUGCUGAGAAAGACCCACGACCAAGACCUCACUGACACUAUCACAGGGACGCUGUGGAACCUGUCGUCUCAUGACUCCGUGAAAAUGGAAAUUGUGGACCAUGCACUGCACGCCCUCUCCGAUGAAGUGAUGGUGCCCCAUUCAGGAUGGGAGCGAGGCAAUGGAGCAGGAGGCGGGGAGGAGAACUGCAAGCCCAGACACCUUGAGUGGGAGACGGCCCUCACCAACACAGCAGGCUGCUUGAGAAAUGUGAGUUCGGAGCGAAGUGAGGCGAGGAGGAAGCUGAGGGAGUGCACAGGAUUGGUCGAUUCGCUCAUGUACAUUGUCCAGUCCCAGAUCGACUGUAAAGAUGUUGACAAUAAGUUGAUAGAGAACAGUGUGUGUCUGCUGAGGAACUUGUCUUAUCACGUGCACCGCGAAAUCCCUGGCUGUGAGCGAUACCAGGAGGCCGCGCCCAUCAACCAGGGCCCCGCCCCCUCCAGCCAGAAGGGUGGCUGCUUCAGCUCCCGAAAGGGCAAAGAUGAGUGGUUUUCCAAAGGUAGGAAAGACGAGGAUGCAGCUGCAGAUAUAAUAGACAUUCCAAAGAGGACCACGCCUGCUAAAGGCUAUGAGCUGUUGUACCAGCCGGAGGUGGUGCGCAUCUACACCUCUCUGCUAAAGGAGUCUAAGAACCCCACUGUGUUGGAAGCCUCAGCCGGAGCUGUUCAGAACCUGUGCGCCGGCCGCUGGACUUAUGGACGAUACAUCCGUGCCUUGCUGCGUCAGGAGAAGGGUCUACCCAUGAUGACUGAGCUGCUGGCCCAUGGAAAUGACCGAGUGGUCCGAGCCAUGUCUGGAGCCCUCCGCAACCUGGCCAUUGAUGCGCGCAAUAGAGAUCUACUAGGUAAACACGCGGUGCCUCACCUGGUGGCCAACCUGCCCGGUGGUGGUCAGAGUCAGCCUGUGCGAGCGCUGUCAGAAGAGACGGUGGUGUCAGUAUUGAGCACACUUCAUGAGGUGCUGGGCUCUAGCCUGGAAGCAGCCAAGACCCUCAGGGCCUCGCAGGGCAUCGAGAGACUGGUGCUCAUUAACAAGGAUGGUAAUCGCUCUGAGCGUGAAGUACGUGGUGCUGGCCUGGUGCUGCAGACAGUGUGGGGCUACAAGGAGCUGCGGCGCACUUUGGAGAAGGACGGCUGGAAGAAGACAGACUUCAUGGUCAACCUAAACCCUCCCAGCAACAACACUAGAGCCAAUGGAGGAUAUGAGGACAGUACUCUGCCGCUCAUAGACAAAGGCAGCAAAGGGGACCGGGAAAUGAUUCCAGUGAAUGACUUUGGACCAGAUGCCUACUCCACACUGGACCAGAGAGGGAGAAGGAACACUCUGGAUAACACACUCGAACCUGCUGACAAAGAUGCAGUACAGGGAGGGAUGUAUGGGGAGAGGCAGGCCUCUUUGCCUCUAAUGGAUUCUUAUGAUGAAAAACUGAUAGUGUGCAUCACAAGACGACAGCCUCCUCCCACCUACUGCCCUUGCUGAACUGACAACGUGGGACCACUACACUACCAAUGGGAAUUAAACUCCAUCCUUUUACACUCGACACUUCUGUCUCUCCUUACUCUUUUUGCGGCUUCCCUUCUCUCUCUCUCCCUUUCUCUGUUACAUUCCUCCAUUCGCUGACUCACUUUUGAAACAACAUGGACAACUGACGUGGAUCUACGUUCCCUGUGGACAACCGGAUGCGACACUACAACCACUUUAAGCUCUGCGAGUCCUUAAAACUCCAAAAAACAACAAAAAAAGCUAACCACUCCAUCAGAUAUGGUGGCACCAACACUACAUCUCCACACAAAAACACUAUAACUUGCUUGGACAACACUAACGCUCUCUCUUCAUCAAAAAGCAGAGACUGUGGCUUCAUCUGAGGACUUUUGUAAUUCUUGGAGGUUGGAGCAUAGACUUAUUAAACCAUUAUUAAACUAAUUAAAUGGAACUGUUGGGAUCAGAACAGGACAUUUUGUUGACAUUUUACAUAAAUGGCUAAUACUCUCUGUUUUGAAGAAACUGAGCGAAUGUGUAAUUUUCUCUCCUGAUGGUUAAAUACUACAAAAAAAAAGAAUUUCCUACCAUUGAGAAACCAAUGUUUAUCGAUUAAUCAGAUACGUGUAAACUUUCUGCUUCUGUUUUGGUAGUGGUUGUUCCUCUUCUUGCUUUGCUUUGUACCACAGUAAUGUACAUGUGCCAAAUGACACUGCUACUGCUGCAACUGCCAAUACUGAAUGCAAGAACUUCACACACUCAAGACUUUUUAACUGCAGCUACACUGAAAAUUGUGUUUUGCUUUGUUUUGUAUGCAGUUUGUGUCAGUGGCAGAUCAUUGCCAAGAUGCAUUGGGGGGGGGGGAUUCUGCAUUUUUCUGUAUUUGAUUGUGGUCUAUAGAUAUAAGGGGACAGAAAUAGAGCAGAGAAAUUCUUCUACACCUUGGUGGAAUAGACAGUAAAGUCUGUGCUACGUUCCUAUCUUUCUGAUAAAUGUAAGCCCUGUAACUUUUUUGGGGAGACAUCACAGGAAUCAGUGGAUGUGUUUCCUUUUAUCCACAGGUCUGUAAUCUUAAGAAUGUGUACAUACAAGACUGUCUCUAACAGUGGGCUAACUGGAGUGCCUCGCUUAUUCAGGACAGGUCUGAUGGAUGUGUCCAACGUGACAUUGGUAAACAAUCAAGGUGUCUUUUUUCCGAGUAGGUCACUAAUUGAGCAUAAUGUACAUGGAAGUCAUCAGUUUUCUAUUCUGCAAAAUAAUGGAAUAUGUGAACUUGUAUGUAUGUAAGAGUUGAUUUUUGUUAUUGGGAUUGGAUUUUUAUUGUUUUCUUUACGAGGUAUAAAACUCUUGUUCUGUAUAAUUUACUGCUUCACAAACCCAUACCCUACCUGGCUUUAAGACAACAGAACAGUACAUGGGAGAAGACACAGUAUUGUCUGUUUUGGCCCACGUUGCUUUAGUACAGUGCUUGUUCUGUAGAAGAAUGCAUACUUUUAGUGUCGAGAUGUAGAUACUUAUUGAGUGGACAAUUAAAAUAGGCACUAGGGGAGUAUAAUGCGUGCCCCCCCCCCCCUAAAAAAAAACAAAAACAAAAAAACUUAGUUUUCCAUGCAAAUUGAAAAACACUACAGAGGAGGCCUCAUUUUCUCAAAGUAACAAGUUGCCUUCAAGAGUGGACUGACUAAAAGAGAACCGAGAGGAGCAAGGGUUGUGGUAGAAAAUCUGUGUAAGGAGGCAUAGAUCAGAAUUUUGCUAUUAGAUAAGUGGAGGAAGAAAUAAGCACAUUAAAACUAUAUAUACAAGAGAAUAUUUGUUAAUUUUAAUGAUUUUAUGUAUUUCUUUUUUUAUAUUCUGAUUUGGGUUUAAUUGUUUUGGGUGCUCUGGGUGAACGCAUAUGCAAUCAGUUUUACUGUUGAUUGAGUUUAUGUCUUAAUUAAAUGCAAAAUAAGUUAGCUAAACAAAAUCCUCCAAGAGUCAUCAGAUACUGGAACACUAAUGGAAAAAAUCUGAUUCUGGACUACACCUUAAUAUCUUUGCCUUGGCUCUUAAAAUUGCACAUUCUCAUUUAUGAAUGAAUUAUGUAACUAGCAAUACUGUUUUUAAUAAAAAAGAAAAUGAUUUCUCGGA